AUGGCCUCAAGAUAUAAUCAAGGUAUCCAAAGGGUUUUAGGUAAAUUAGAGGCUUCUGUUAAUUCUGGUAAUUACUAUGAAGCCCACCAAAUGUACAGAACGCUUUAUUUUAGAUAUCUUGCUAAAAAAAAGUACAUGGAUUUAUUGGAGUUACUUUACAACGGUGCCAUUCUUUUACUUCAACGUGAUCAGCAUGCAAGCGGUGCUGAUUUAGGAAUUUUAUUUAUUGAUGUAUUAAAUAAAGCAGAAACAACAGAGCCGACAAGUUAUUUUGAAAAGAUAACAAAUUUAUUCAGUAUUAUGAAACCGGGUACACCUGAGAGAGAAACAUUUCUUCAUAAUGCACUUAGAUGGAGUUUAAAACACACUAAUUGUAAAUGGGGACAUCCUGAAUUACAUAAAAUGAUAGCUCAAGUUUUUUGGCAAGAAAAAAAUUAUACAAUGGCAAGACAGCACUUUGUGUACAGUGAUGAUGGUGCAGGAUGUGCAGCGAUGCUUGUAGAAUUGCAUCAGCAGCGUGGUUACUCCAAUGAAGUUGAUCUUUUUAUCGCUCAAGUUGUCCUACAAUAUUUAUGUUUGCACAAUGCAUCAACAGCACAAGAGGCCUUUGAUUCGUACACAUCACGACAUCCAAAAAUAAAUAGCGAGCCUCCUUAUCUAUUACCUUUGUUGAACUUUUUAUUUUUUCUUCUUAAAACAAUCCAGUUGUCAUCAUUUGGAGCGUUUACAGUAUUGUGUGAACAAUAUCAGUUGAGUUUGAAUAGAGAUCCCAGUUACCGCACAUACCUCGAUAAAAUAGCUCAAUUAUUUUUCGACGUUCCCGCUCCACGUUCACGACGACAAGGACUCUUUGGUAGUCUUCUUCAAUCAUUUUUCAACGGUCUCGAAGAUGAUGAAUCUGAUGGGGAAGAAACAUCAAGGCAAGCUAGCAAUAAUGCCUCUACUUCACACGCAGUCCAAGAACUCGACUGA